AUGUGUGACCAACAGAAGCAGCUGCAGUUUCUUCCAUCGUGUGUGAAGGGUUCGGGGCUUGGAGCUGGGAAAGGUAGCAAUGGUGCCUUGGGGAAAGGCCAGGUUUCUGGCCAGGUUUCUGGCCAGGUUUCAGGUCAGGUUUCAGGCCAGGUUUCAGGCCAAGUUUCAGGCCCAGUCCAAACUGUUUAUGCUCCGGGACCUGCUCUUUGCCAGCCUCAAACCAUCGUGAGAUACUCAGCUCCGGUUCUUGCUCCAGCUUACGUGAAGUAUCAAGUUCCAUGCCAGACCAAGACCUACGUGAAAUGUCCAGCUCCCUGCCAGACAUAUGUGAAAUGCCCAGCUCCGUGCCAGACAACCUAUGUGAAGUGUCCAGCCCCAUGCCAGCAGACCUGUGUCAAAUGUCCAGCACCCUGCCAGGCUCAGACAUAUUAUGUCCAGUAUGCAGCUCCUACCCAGACCUACUACACUCAGGCUUCUUCAAGUGGUUCCGGUUCUCAGGGUGGUGUCCCUGAUCCAUGCUCUGCUCCCUGUUCCAUGAGCUACUGUUGUUUGGCUCCCCGGACCUUUGGGGUGAGUCCUUUGAGACGCUGGGUCCAGCGGCCCCAAGGAUGGAACACUGGAUCUUCUAGCUGCUGUGAGGAUUCUGGGUGCUGUGGCUCUGGAGGUUGCGGAUCUGGAGGUUGUGGCUCUGGAGGUUGUGGAGGUUGUGGCUCUGGAGGCUGUGGAGGCUGCGGCUGUGGCUCUGGGUGCUGCUGUUUGGGAAUUAUUCCCAUGAGGUCACGAGGUCCUGCAUGCUGUGACAGUGGGGAUGACUGCUGCUGUUAAAUACAAAAAGUCAGUCCUGCUUCCAAAAUUUACCCCCUGCUGUAUCUUUUGAACUCACCCAUCCAGCCUCCCUUACUUUGCCCCUUUACCAAGGCAUCCUGCCAGAGUUAGCAUAACCCCGAAACUGUGGCAUGAAUAAAGCUCCAAUUGCAAA